AUGCAAUACCGGACGUUUUCAGACGUGGAUUUGGAAAUCGGUGCUAUUCUAGAUCAACUUAUCAUUUUGCCUAUUUUAUUUAUUUCAUUUAGAGCUCUUUUCGCAGAAUCUGUGGCACUACCUGAUGAGUAUCAACACACAUCGACCUCUAGAACGAACUCUCUACGCAAAUCGCAAAACAUGGAAACGGAUCGUUUGCAUAAAGAAACGCGUAGCAAACUUAUGGAGGAGAUGACGGGAGUUACGAACCAACCGUUUAUUCAACCAGUGAUUUUGGUGGUGCCUACGGAGAACGUCGCUGCUGCUAUCGAUGCUAUUAAGAGAGGUUUUCGUUCCACUAACGAAGCUGCCGUACAGGUACACCCGUUCAAUUUUGAUCCACCUAUUGAGAAAGCUACAGUAGCUGUGGGAAUGGAUCAGCCUUCCUGCUUCGAUUUCUGUGCUCAAGCUAAUUCGUCUGGUUCAUCGUUUUUCUAUCAGACAACUGCGGUUGGUGCUGCUACUGCAAACGCUUCAUCAAGCACAGAGCAACCAAUGCUAGAAUUUGCUCAAAGUUCUACAUUUUGUUAUGAUGCGCAACAACCGCCUGAGCAGGAGUUACAGUAUGUGUACAGUGAUGGACUUGUCUCUGAAACACAAGUACGACAUCGUACAACAAGUACAAAUGGGCAGUACCUAGAUGAUGUCUAUAGUGGUACGCCACAUGUCGUGGCACCAUCGGCACCAAUGGCUAGAACGUUUGGGACGAUGGUGGAUGAGAAAGUAUUCACAAGUAAUGUGUCGUGCGUGCGGAAUGCGGAGACAAGCAUGGAUGGGCCAGAAUUCGACCUGUUGCGAGACAUUGAAACUCAAACUCCAUGGAAUGACGUAGGUCUGAUGACCGAAUUUUGGUCGGACAUGGGAAAUUCUCCAUAG